UAAGUCGCCCAACGGUUGGGCGACUUUCCCUUUAAGUAAAAACGGGGUCCUCCCCCAAACAGAACACUUCGCACUGCAGCCCCAAAUUCCCUCUAGCGCAGCACCUACGGCAGACGAAGGAAGAAGACGACCGAGCUCCUAUCCAACUCCGGCGAAGCUCCAUCUCCAGCCUCCCCACUCCGGAAAACCUCCAUCUUCAUCUUCAACACAAUCUUUACUCCUUAUUCUAGGUAAAUUCAAAUCAAUUUCAUCUAAUUUUGCACCCAGGGUUUAGAAUGUUAAAUUUUUGAAUUUUGGGAUUAUGAAUUGAUUGUGAAUGAAGUUGUUGUGAAAUGUGGAUAUGUAUGAAAUGUUGACAUUUGAUUUUAAAUUAAUUGUAAAAUGUUGUGUGUAUUUUGACAUUUGGGCAUUUGGGUAGAGUUGAAUGUACCUAAAUUUGGGUAUUCAAAGGUAGACAUUGAAUGUAGAUAUCAAAAUUUGGGUAGUUUGUUAUUGAAAUGUGAAUUGUUUGUGAAUUUGGAGUUAAUGAUAUAUUACAAUUUUGGAAGCAAUUUCUAUUAAAAAUGUGAAUGUGUAUAAAGUGUGUAUAUUGAUGCCUACUCAUGAAUGUUUGACAAUGAGUUGUUAUUAGAAUAUGGAUUUCUCAAGCUUCCCACUCGUGUGUCAUUGGGGAGGGAACUAUUAUGAGAAUGGUGGGCAAAUAUGCCAUGAAGGUGGCAGAACGAGCUUUGUCAUGGUUUCUCGUGGCGCUUGCAUGCUCGAGAUCCUUCAAAAAAUACAUGCAGCGACAAUGAUUCAUCCCGGCCGUUCAUUGCGGUUGAAAAUGAAAUUUCCCAUGAACGGGGGAAAGUACAUGCUUAUGCCGCUCAUUGAUGAGCUAGCUAUAACAAAUAUGUGGGGCAUAAUUCAGAUGGAGGAUAUGUCGUCGCUGGAGGUAUACAUUGAGGAAUGCUUUGACGCUAAUGCUACUCAAUCGACAUCAAAUGCUGGUGUAUCUAGGCAUGAUGUCAGUGCAGGGGUGAAUGCAGGGAAGUCGUCAAAGGUUCCUGUACUAGACAUGGUUAUACAGGAGGAUGGCAGGUAUUUGCACAACGGUGCGUCAUUUGUGGAUGG